AUGUUGUAUUGUACAAGUAAUGCCGUUCUAGCUGGUGGCAUGACAGGCGCGGAUGUCGGUAUUGGAUGGGUCGAUGCAACAGGCAAAAUUCAUUUUCAAACAACAAACGACUGGUUUGCUCUUCAAGGUCGUGAACAAGAUGGAUGGACUGCUAUACAAUUCAAUCGUCGUCUUAACACAUGUGAUUCCAUGGAUGUUCCUAUUAAAGUAGAAUAUAAAAGUUUGUAUGCUGUUUGUAAUAAUGAUUCUCGAUUUCAGUCUGGAACGAAUGUUCUCAUAUAUGCUUAUGGUCUGGUCGAUCCAGAUGGCGACAUCACUUAUCAUGAAGAUCGACGUGGCUCACGUAUGAUUCCACUUCAAUCCUAUGCAAAUCCACCAACUGAAGAUAAGUUUGCUGAUCUCGAAUAUUUUGAAUUUCGUUUGAAUAAUGGUGGUCAACGAACACAAGAUGAAAUGUGUUCUCAUAGUUUCACCUACUAUCCUCGCAUAAAUAAUGUGUAUGUAUGUAUGACAUGUACUCAUCCAGAAGCGUGGCAAACAAUGAGAAACGAAACGCUUGUCAAUUAUAAUUACGGAGAUGUGAUGCAGUGGAUAAAAAGCAUCGAAUGGACGCCAACAAUAGCUGCUCAAUGGCAAGAAUUCUUUAAUAAUGCUCCACGCCAUAUUUAUUAUGGUCUUACAGAAAAUUUAUCAUGGGAAAAGUUUGAUAUGCCCAAAUAUAAAGAUUUAGAGACUGAAUCGUGCCCAAUGGUACUUGUACCAAAUAUAGAAAAACUUGGCUAG